CAUCAGUUUCUUUGCCAUAUUGAUAGCUUUUUUAGACAACAUGAUAUCAUUCGUCUGUUUCUAGAAUGUUUUACCGAUGUGUUUUUGACUGAAAUAAUAUGAAGACAAGAUUGCUAAGAUAUCUGGCACGAAGGUGCCGAUCGACGAGUGAUUCCGUGCGAAUAGUCGAAGUUGGUCCUCGCGAUGGCUUGCAAAAUGAAAAAUCAAUUAUUAGCAUAGCUCACAAAAAAGAAUUCAUCCAUAAGUUGGCGAAUGCUGGGCUUUCCACUAUAGAAGUGACUAGUUUCGUGUCUCCAAAAUGGGUGCCACAAAUGGCAGAUUCGAUCCAAGUUGCGUCAUCAAUUGAGCGGAAGAAUGACGUAACGUAUUGUGCAAUAGUACCGAAUAAAAAAGGGCUGCAAAUGGCCACAGAAGGAAAAAUCGAACAUUACUGUAUUGGAACUGCAGCUAGUGAAACUUUUUGCAAAAAGAAUUGGAACUGUUCUAUUUCUGACUCAUUGAAAAUUACUGAAUCUUUACUUGAUGAAAUGCGCAGAAUUAACCCGAAUGCGUAUAUCAGAGGCUAUAUAUCAAACGUUAUGGGAUGUCCUUAUGAAGGCAACAUACAACAGUCUGUUGUUGUCAAUUUAGCUGAAAAACUUCUCGAAAUUGGUUGUUCAGAGAUUUCACUCGGCGACACGAUUGGAACAGGAACGCCUAGAAAGUUUUCUAAUUUGAUCCGAGAUUUAGUUAAUAUUGUCCCGAUGGAAAAGAUAGCGGUUCAUUGUCAUGAUACGUAUGCACAAGCUUUGCCAAAUAUUCUGGUGUCCUUAGAGCAAGGUGUCCGCGUUUUCGACUCUUCGGCCGGUGGGCUAGGGGGCUGUCCUUAUGCUCCUGGAGCUGCUGGAAAUGUAGCCACUGAAGAUCUGCUUUACAUGUUGCAUGGGAUGGGUUUGUCAACUGGCGUGUCUAUUGAUGGAGUUGUGGGUGCUGCCAGGUUUAUUUGUGCGAGGAUGGACAAGAAAAUUGAAAGUAAAGUGGGCAAGGCUUGGAAAGUAGAAUUGUAAAACUUUUUUCAGACGAUUUUUUUUUCAGAGCAUAGUGUAAUUUAUAUUUUGCAGUGAAAGUGUAGU